CCCCUUUGACGUAGUUUUUUCUGACAUUUUGUAAACAAAGGUUUCAUCCCUGACAAGUGUAAACGUGGCUUUAGUAGGUGAAUGUGUUUGGAGCGCAUGCGCAAGCCUACGAGAUCAUAGUCGCCAUAUUUCCAAUCUGUCUAAUCUGAAAAUUCAGUGAUCGCGCAAUGUCAGUGUUGAAUCAAAGCGGGGAAGAGCAAGUCGAGUGCCCCCUGUGCAUGGAGCCCCUCGAGGUGGACGAUUUGAACUUUUUCCCGUGCACUUGCGGCUAUCAGAUUUGUCGGUUCUGCUGGCACAGAAUCCGGACCGAUGAAAACGGUCUGUGUCCAGCGUGCCGCAAGGCCUACUCGGAGGACCCCGCCGACUUCAUCCCCCUGUCUCAGGAGCAAGUGGCGAAGCUCAAGGCCGAGAAGAGACAGAGGGAUCAGCAGAGGAAGGCGAAGCUGAGCGAGAGCAGGAAACAUCUAGCGAGUGUUAGGGUCGUGCAAAAGAAUCUGGUGUUUGUGGUGGGGCUGCCGAUGAGAUUAGCCGAGCCCGAGGUGCUCAAAAGGCACGAGUAUUUCGGCAAGUUUGGCAAGAUACAUAAAGUCGUUAUUAAUCAGUCGACGGCGUAUGCGGGCUCACAGGGGCCCAGCGCAAGUGCCUACGUGACGUAUAUGAAAAGCGAUGACGCUUUACGCGCCAUUGAAAGUGUCAAUAACAUAACAAUCGACGGACGUCUCGUAAAAUCCAGUUUAGGAACGACGAAAUAUUGCAGUCACUUUAUGAAAAAUCAACCAUGUCCAAAACCGGACUGUAUGUACCUCCAUGAUUUCGGAGAUCCUGAAGCUAGUUUUACGAAAGAGCAAAUGCACGCCGGGAAACAUCAAGAAUACGAAAAGAAAUUACACGAAGCGCUGUUACAACGGACUAAUAACAAUAAUACGAACGUGACAACAACAGAGACAAAACCGACAACAAAAAGUAAAGAACCGGUGGCGGCUGCGACGCCAACGAAUGGCACAAAUAAGGAUAAUUGGCCACAGUUGAAUUCCGAAAAGGAGAAUAGUAAGGAAAAGAAGGCGGAGAAGUCGACGGAAAGUAAAGAUAAAGUUACGAAAGGCAAAAGUAAAGAAAAAUCGAAAGAGAAGAAGGAGAAGAAGCCCGAAGUUAAAGUCGCAAAGGAUAAGGAAGAGACGAAGAAAGAGAGUGGAGAGAAAUUAUCAAUAUUGGACGAUAACACGAGUUUUUUUUCGCACAAUUCGUUCCAAAAAAUCGUCCCCGAAAAUCGAGAAGACGACGACAGUCCCAAUCAAACAUCACCGUCUCUUCUAACCGAUUCUCUCCCCGACAUAAACACGAGCGAAGAUUGGGCCGCAGCUUUCGGUUUUAAUAAAACAAGCGAGACAACAGUUCGGUCCGAAUCGAGUCAAUCGCCAAUCGAUUCGUUUUUCCGCACCGACGAUUUUCGUAAUAUUAUCGAAGCCUCACUUACAACAGCCAAAAAUAACGGUUAUACCAAACCACCACAACCAGCCACCACAACAACAACAACAUCGGAGAAUUAUUUCGGUAAAGAGUCGGGUUUGGAUCAACACAUGUCCAAGUUUUUUAUGGAUUUUCAUACGAAAAAUGGCCAGAAAGAGAGUAACGGUUUUACGAUGAAUCAUAAUAUGAACGGGUUUCAAGUGAAUAAUUAUUUUAUCAAUCAGGAUCGUUUGUUCUUGUUGCAACAGAAAAAAAUCGAGGAACAUUUAGUGAAUCUCUCGUUGAAGCAACAGAAUCAGAGUUAUGGCGGGUUUAUGAAUGGUGAUGUAGUGGCACAGAAUGGCUAUGGGGGAGGGUUUCAAGGACAGAUGUAUCAGAAUCCACAACCAGUGCAAAAGAGUCGGACACAUGCGGAGGACGAUUUGGGCUUUGAUCCCUUCCAGGAGACGCAGAAGGCCUUGGCUGAGCUUAUAGCGAACGAACAGAGUUAUAAGGCACAUAGUAAUGUUAGAGGAGGUAUGUCGUCGAGUCAAAUGAACGGUGUGGUCCACAGUCAGAGCGGUAAAAGUCACUUACCCCCGCCCCCGCCCGGUUUUGUACAACCGACAACACAUAUGAAUUCAUUCGGUAGUAAAAUUUUACCAUUUUUAAAUAUGUCAAAUCAACAAAUUAGUUCAUCAACACAACAACAACAACAAAACUGGCCUAGUUAUAAUUCGCAAGUGCAGCCGCCACCGCCACCACAACAACAGCAGAAAAAUGCAAACAGCUGUAACGAUUGGAAGGAUUUCGAUUCGGCAAUAGUCACAACCAGUCGUCACUACCCAAUAAUGGGACCGAUAAAUAAUCCUUUCAGAUCGUUACAACAACAGUUAGGUACACAACAAAUACCGAACGGAUCGUUACGAUCGCACGAAUUUACGAAUAACGCAUUUUCAAAUUUCACACAACAGUUGCAACAACAACAGCCGAGUUAUUCAAAUUAUUCAUCACAUUUAAAUAAUACAACACAGCAACAACAACAGAAUCUGAGUUGGUUUACUAGCGAAUUAAAUACACAAAUAUCAAGUCCACCCGGAUUUCGAACUGCGACUCAAACGUCUAAACAACAAGAAUGUUAAAAAACACGCAACGUCUAAGGUGUCUGGAUCCGUUAAAUAUAUAAUUUUUUUCUUUGGAUUUCAUUUUUCUUUCAUUUUCUGAUUUAUUACAUACGUGAUGAGCGUUUCCACAAUUGUGCAAUAAUACAGAUGGAAAAAGCCGACUGGAUAGAAUUGUUUCGUUGUUAUUAUUUAGCAGGAUCCAUGCAGUUAAGUUAUUCUAAUUAUCAAAGAAAGCGUAAAAAGAGUACUAAAAUGUGCUUUAUUUUGUUAUAAAAUUCUGUGGGUGCUUGGCCAACAAUCUUCAAAUGAUUAAAAACUAAUAUUAUCCUUAUAUUCAUUUGAUUAUAUGAAAUAAAACAGCUAAAUAUAUAAUACAAUAUCA